AUGAGCAAUUGUACAGCAUCGAAUAUCGAAUUUAAACUAAGAAUUGGAACAACGUUUGCCGUCUUGUCGAUUGUUGUCAACGCUUGUAGCUCCAUCGUGGCUUGUGUCUUGAACUUCUUGAUCAUUUUGACUUUUGUGAAGACACCAUCAAUGCGAACACCUUCGUAUAUUCUCAUUCUUUGUUUAGCCAUCGCGGACUUCGGGGUUGGUGCUGUGGUGCAGCCGGUUUAUUGUGCUGAAUUGUUUGCCAAAAUGAAAGGCUACGAAUCAGUUACUUGUACGACUUCGUACAUAAGAAUUUGUAGUUCGUGGGUAUUAGGGGCUUCAUCUUUGUUGACAAUAACCGCCAUCACCAUAGACCGGUUCCUUGUUCUUCACCUGCAUCUAAGAUAUCAGGAACUUGUUACUGCAAAGCGCUCGUAUACAGCCGCCAUCGUUAUUGCUAUUUUAAGUAUUUUUGGCAUUCUUCCUGGAUUGUUUUACGUUGCCGCAAUGAUCGCUGGGUGUUGCUUUAGUGUCCUUUUUUUGUUAAAUAUAGUUCUGAUGGCAAAAAUUUCUCGAGAGGUUAGUAAACAUUCUGCAAACAUUCAUUCACAAGAGCAAGCAGUACGAGAAAGCUUGAACCUUCCACGAUACAAGAAGACUGUCAACACAGUGCACUAUAUCAUGGGGACAUUCUCAGCUUGUUACAUUCCAGUUCCUAUUGUUGCUAGUCUUAUUGUCGCAAACUCCAAAGUACCGGAAUCUUCAUUGGAUGCUGCAUUCAUUUUAACCAGCACACUCUGGUUGAUAAACAGUGCAUUGAAUCCAGUCAUCUACUUCUGGAGAAUACAAGACAUGCGAAAUGCUGCCGUGCAGCUGUUUCGGAACAUUCGAUGCCUACACUAUGAGCCUUAA